AAUGUUGUUCCCGAAAAGUUACGCGAGAGCUGACGAGUUCUGAUUGUUUACUGUACCCGGCAGAAAAAUAGUCAACGUUUUUACAUUAUUUUAUAAUAUAUACCAAAACUUAUAGAAUAUAACGAUGGAUAACGAAAGCAUUCCCUCUCAAGCACAUUCGUCGAUGGAAGGAAAUAAAAGAACAAUGGAUAAUAAGUACAGUGCAAAUAGUCAUCAGCAGAAGAAAAUAAAACUUAAUUCAAGGGGUCAAGUGCGUCCGCGCAUAUACAAUACUUCAUCAACUGCAUAUUUGGAUUGUCUUGCAGAAAACACACUUCGUACUGAUGAUGCUAACAGAUCAAAUGACCUUCAAGUCAACAUUGAAACUGAAGGGGAUCAGAGAAUUAUUGAGCCUGACGAGUCUGCAGAAGCAGAACACAAUUAUGAUCCAGUAAGAGAUGGGAGAAAUGAAGUCACAGCAGAUAGUGAGGAAACUGAGGAAGAGAAUUCUGUCCUUGCAGAUGAACAUGAAGAUGAAUUUCAUUGGGGAUUCCUUGGUGAAUUAUCUAAAACCUUCAUUUAUCCUGGUCAUUCUUUGACCAUAUUGAACAGUGUCAUGUUGAUAUGGAUAUAUUCAUUAAUACACGGUAUCACUGCUAGUCAGCUGGCUGAUUUAUUAGUGCUGAUUAAUGCUCACUGUUUACAGAAUAUUGCAGUAUUUGAAAGUGUUCAGAAAUUCAAAAAUGUUUGCCCAAAUGAAAUCACCUAUGAAAAAGAAUUACUUUUGUAAACACUGUUUGAUGAGUGUAGAAAUUGAAAUGAAAGUUUGUCCGAAUACAUUUUGUAAAAAAGACAUAUCAGAUGACAGUUCGAAGUCAUACUUUAUUGAAUUUCCAAUUGAGGACCAAAUUAAGUGUAUGUUUAAAAGGAAAAGUUUUAGAGAGAACUUAAAACACAGAUUUAGUAGAAAGAAGCAGCAGGAGAAUGCAUUUGAGGAUUUGUACGAUGGGUUUAUUUAUAAAAGUCUAUUACAACCUGAACAGCCUCUCUCUAAUUUAAAUAACCUUUCAUUUACUUGGAACACAGAUGGAGUACCAGUGUUCAAAAGUUCCAAAUACUCUAUUUGGCCGAUGUACUUAAUGAUAAACGAAUUACCAUACAGUGCGCGAAAAGAGAAAACAAAUAUGCUGUUUUAUGGACUAUGGUUUGGGGACUUAAAACCAAGUAUUAAUUUGUUUUGCAAACCUCUACAAGAUAGUUUAAAAAAGUUAGAAACAGAUGGACUUGAUGUAAAGUUUGAAGGAAGGACUGAAAAUGUAAAAUGCUUCCUUCUUUGUGGAACUGCAGAUUUGCCAGCCCGAUCAACUGCACUUAAUAUGAUUCAGUUCAAUGGGAAAUAUAGUUGUUCGAGAUGUUUACAGGAAGGUGAAACCUUUAAAACUUCAGCACGUGGACACACUCAUAUAUUUCCUUAUUUAAAAGAUAAUCCAGUUGGGCCACCUAGAUCACAUAUAGAUACAAUUCAGCACGCAGUAGAAGCAACGGAAGGACCUAAUGAAUUUGUGAAAGGUAUUAGAGGACCAACCUUCCUGCUUGGAUUGAGUUAUUAUGACUUUGUAUUAUCAACAAGUAUUGACUAUAUGCACUGUGUUCUCUUAGGUAUUACCAAAAAACUUAUUUCUCUUUGGUUUUCUGUAGGUGACUCUUCAGAACUGUUUUCCUUAGUAAGCAAAGUUGGUUUUGUUGAUGAUUGUAUGUCAAAAAUAAAACCAACUUUUCACAUAAGUAGGAGACCCAGAAGUUUGGUCAGAAUUUUUAUCUUGAUAAUAUCUAGGUCAGGUUCAAAACUGGGUCACAUGAGCUCAAAAACUAGGUCACUAUGUCAAAUAAUAGAAAAAACAACGUCAUACUCAAAACUGGGUCAUGUGGGAAGAGGUGAGCGAUUCAGGACCAUCAUGGUCCUCUUGUUUUAUUCUGUACCAGUUCUGUCUACAAUAAUGGAGCCAUUAUACUUUUUUCAUUACUGUGCCUUUGUCCAGAGUAUUUGGUUGUUAUGUCAGGAUAGUGUUUCAAAUGCAGAUAUUGAUGUAAGUUAUUCACUUUUAAAUUAUUUUGUUUAUAUGCUUGAACCAUUGUAUGGUGCUAGAUAUUCUGGAUUGAAUGCACACAGUCUGCUUCAUCUACCAAAAUGUGUACAAGAUCUUGGACCAUUGUGGGUCUAUUCUUGCUUCCCCUUUGAAUCUUUGAAUGGUGACUUACUAAAACUUUUUCAUGGCACACAGCAUGUAGAUACACAGAUACUUAGUGCUGUAAAUAGUCAUCAGCUUGUGCCACAUCUUUUAGAGAAGUUAUCAGAUAAUGUUAAACAUAUUCCAUUUGUGAAGAAGUACCUAAACAAAAGUAAAAUUGCACUGGGUUUGAAGCUUGAUCAUAACAUCUAUUCUAUAGGUACAAAUGUAAAAUUCAAAUUGUCAGGAAGCCUGUUAAGAUUACUUACAAACUUUCUAAAGUUUAAACUACUGUGUUUGUCAUUUUUUAGUCUUUUGAAAGUAAGAAACAAUAUCAUUCAUUCAGAAUCAUACACAAGAGUUAAGGAGAGAAACUCAUUCACUGUUAAAUUCUUAGAUAGAAAUAACAUAAUUCAAUUUGGGUUUAUAAAAAUCUUUGUUGUGCACAGAUUUUCUGAGUGUGCUUGUAAUAAUGUUUGUGUUUGUGACAAACAGAUACUGGCCAUAAUUACAAAACUAAAAAAAGUAAAGGGUUCCAUUCUUGAUAAAAAUCAUGAAGAGUAUCCAGACUAUCUGAAUUUAAAUGUUGGUCAUAUACAUGUAAUGGAGACACCCAAAAACCUAGAGUCAGAAAUUAUUCAAGUUCAUAACAUUGUUUCCAUAUGUGUUGAUGUAUGUUUUUCAGAUAUUGAUUUUGUUUGUGAAUUUCCAAAUAUCACUGAGUGUGAUUAGUAAGGGAAUGUAGUCCAACAGUCAUCCACUCUUGUUUUAUCCUUAUUGAGAGUCUAUGCUGUACACAUAUAUUAAUUAUUUCAAAAUAAUGCUGUGGCUGAAAGUCAACUAACUGUUCAGACUGCACAUAAAUAUUUGGUACAUUUGUAUUAAGUUGAGAUUUUAACAUUAAUAAUGAUUAAUUAAUAAGUUAAAAGAUAGACAUGCCCCUUUUAGAAGUAAGUAGCAGAAAUUUUAGCAUGUCUGGAGAAAACUGGAGUUGCUGAAUUCACCCAGGCUUAUUAUCUAUUUUGGCAUUGUCUGCACAAUAGCAGCUUUAUUUAUGAUUUGAUUUUUACCAAACUGGCACACAUCUUGUAUCACCAUAAGAUCUUGGUUCCUUUCUUGAACUGGCCAGAUCCCAUUAUGGGUUCCAGAGUAAUGGUCCCUGAAAAGGCCAGAAUUAGCUAUUUUGACCUUGUCUGCACAAUAGCAGCUUCAUUUAUGAUUAUAUUUUAACCAAAAUUGCACACAACUUGUAUCACCAUAAGAUCUUGGUUCCUUUCUUGAACUGGCCAGAUCCCAUUAUGGGUUCCAGAGUUAUGGCCCCUAAAAGGGCCAAAAUCAGCUAUUUUGUCCUUGUCUGCAUAAUAGCAGCUUUAUUUAUGAUUUGAUUUUUACCAAACUGGCACACAACUUGUAUCACCAUAAGAUCUCGGUUCCUUUCUUGAACUGGUCAGAUCCCAUUAUGGAUUCCAGAGUUAUGGCCCCUGAAAGGGCCAAAAUCAGCUAUUUUGACCUUGUCUGCACGAUAGCAGCUUCAUUUAUGAUUUGAUUUUUACCAAACUGGCACACAACUUGUAUCACCAUAAGAUCUUGGUUCCUUUCUUGAACUGGUCAGAUCCAAUAUUGGGUUCCAGAGUUAUGGCCCCUGAAAGGGCCAGAAUUAGCUAUUUUGACCUUUUUUGUACAAUAGCAAUUUCAUUUAUGAUUUGAUUUUAACCAAACUUGCAAACAACUUGUAUCACUGCAAGAUCUUGGU